AAUAAGCGGUUUUGUAUUGGGAGGAUGAGAAAGAAGCCCAGGGCUGUUUGUGCGCGCUCAUCGCGUGCUGUGUUUUCUUCAGCGCUGGAAUCAGAUGCAUUGCAUUGUUGCGCGCGCGAGUCGAGCUGAGAUGCAGGCGCUGUUCUCUCCUCAGCUUCAGCAUGCUCGAGCUUCACCUGUGAACAUCCACGCUUUACUGCUAUGACACCUGGGUCCUGACAGCAGCGGAUCUCUCUGCGCCUCGGAGCCGACAUGAAGCGCCAUGGAGCGGCGGUGCUGCUGACGCUGUGCGCGCUCCUCCAGUGCAUAGAAGCAAAGAAGUACUGCUGGUAUAUUGAAGGAGGAUACCCCAUCUAUUUCAUAUGUCGCUCGUAUGAGGAUUGUUGUGGGACUCGCUGCUGCAUCCGAGCGCUUUCCAUCCAGAGACUCUGGUACUUCUGGCUGCUGCUGAUGAUGGCUGUGCUGUUCUGCUGCGGCGCUGGCUUCUUCAUUCGCCGGAGGAUGUAUGCGUCUGCGCUCAGCGAGGAGCCUGCCUUCAACGUGUCCUUCACCAGACACCCGGUCAGCUCGCCAGUCUCCCAGCAAGCGGGCAUGCAAGGCUACGGUGACCCCUGCGGCGCCAUGACAACGACCCUGACCCCUGCAUACCCGGGUCAGCCGGCUCCAUCACACAUGCUGAGCUCGUACCCUCCGCCGCCCUCCUACUGCAAUCAUCCACCUCCCUCCUACGAGCAGGUCUUCAAGAACACAGAGAAGAAGAACCACAGCCAGUCCUCACAAUGAGAGACCAUCGUCUCCAGGAUCUCUCCUUUUCAUUUGCUUGAUUUCAGGACGCCUCUUUCUUGCCUGUUCCCAGUCUGUUGUUUUAUCGUUUGACAGGCGCACUACGGAGGAGCCAACAAGAGAACAAACGUCCUGAUGCACAGUUUCAAACAGACUUCUCUAGCUGAGAGAGCUUUGAAGAAGCUGUCAGGACGUGAAGCAUUGAAGAUACUGAGAGUUUCCCCUUUCUUUGAAAAGUGGCUCAUCGAGCUAAAGUGGACCUCGACAAGGUGGAAAGAACCCAUUGACCUUCUGGAGAACAGGAUGAGAUGCCGUGGAGAAUACAUCUAUCACCCGUCCAUCAGAAUCCUAACAGCAGGGAGUUACGUACUGUAGAUAGCGCUUCUGAUCUCCGAUCAUGCAUUUUAUCAUAUUACAAUAUAAUGCUAUAUUGAUGACGGGUUACAGUACUCAUGGCACCUGAGCCUCCCAAACACCACUGAAUCAAAAUUAAAAAGCUAAGUGUGCCUUUUAUCUCACAGUUUUGUCUUUUAUGGGACUUUAAGAACCUCACAUAUUUACACAAUAUUUAAAUUGCCUUUUUUUCUCAAAAUUUAAAAUUUAUAACUUAAAUGUUUAUCGAACAAUUCUUAGAAAAAAAUUUGGAAUUGCAAGAACAGUUCAUCGUGACUUUAUCUCACAAAACUUUUUCUCGCAAUUGAGAGUGUUCAUUAAAAAAAGUCAGAAUUCUGAGAUUUAAACUCAAAACUCUAAAGUCAAAUGUCAGAAAAGUCUGAAUUUGAGGUUACGGUAUAUCACGCAAUUCUGACUUUUUCUGACUUUAACACGCAAUUGCGAGUUAUAAAGAAACUUUUUUUAAAGAAAGUAUUGUAAGAAAAUACUUUUUUUUUUUUUUUUAGAAUUGGACUUUAUAACUCACAGUUGCAAGUUUACAUCUAACAAUUCCGAGGAAAAAAGUCAGAAUUGUGAGAAAGGAAUAAUAAAAACUGUGACUUAAAUCUCAUAAUUCUAACUUUUUCUCGCAAUCGUGAGUUUACAUCUUGUAUUUCUGUCUUUAAAAUUGCUAGUUUAUAUGCCACAGUUCUGUCUUAACUCAGUUUAUACCACAAAAUUCAAAGAAAAAGUCUUAAUUGCAAGUCAGAACUGUGAGAUAAAAAGUUGCAUUUUUAUUUUUUAUUCAGUGGUGGAAACGCCUUUCAUACAAACAGGAAAUUGUCCUUUUGUUCCCAUCCCAAAUGGGUCAGGAAUCUCUUCUGUGGGUAUUCAUUUGAAAUAGAUGAUGAACUCAGGAAGCGAGUCUGUUGAAGCCAGCGAUAGGAAGGUUUAUUCACAUCUUGUACACUUCAUUACACCCAUAGUGCCCUGUUUUUGUGGAUGGGUCGGAAAAUUGCAAAAGCUUGUUUUGGCUUACAUGUCUUGUUUUGUUGGAGUUCACCCCCGAUAAUGGCCCUCUGUGCAAAUUAAUUAUUGAACUACAUUUACCAUUGAAACAUGUGCAUAUGAUGAGAAAUACAGCUGAGUGUUAUUUGGAGGGAGUGAUUUUAUUUCAUUUCAGGCCUCUUCAUUAGAAUAGAAAAGGAUCAAAUGUGAAGCAAAUUGCCGCAUUGCAAUGCCAUCACUGGAUAAACAUAUUGCUUGCUAAACUGUUGUUUUACACUAAGAGUGCAGAAUGCAGCAAAUUAUGGAGAAAUGUGUGGGUCACAUUUAAAACCUGAAUUAAAUUCUAUUAGAAAUAAGAAAUAAUAAUUGGCAUCAAAUCAUGCAUAUUUUUAGGACCAUUAAUUAACCUUUUUUCUACACUUUUCUACACAUUAAGCACUGUAAGAAUAAUUUGGGCAAAUGUGAUUAAUUAGCAUUAUAACAACAACAACAAAAAACUUUGAAAUAUAGGUGAAAUAUGACCUAUGUUCUUCAUAGCAUUCAUCAACAUAAUUUUUUUUAGGGAUGCAAGAUAUAUCAACCGAUAAAUGUUAAUUUACCUGUUAUCUUUAUCAAACCGAUAAGAGAAUUUGGCCGAUAUCUUUGAGCCGAUAAAUAAUGCAUUAUUUCCUUCAGACGCUUCAGAUGCGCACUAUUUGCCAUGGUCUUUAAUUGCUUGAAAUAUUAUUGUAAUCACUUUGAAAAGGAAAAUACAGUGAACUACAACAAGUUAUACUGAGAUCAAUACCUACUGUAAAAUAAUGCUAUGGAAUGUUUGUUCGCUCAUGUUUCAUCGCUUUGUUAGAGCACAUCCACAAGGUACACAUUCUGGUUAGCACGUUUAACUUUGAGUUCAUUUGUGCAUUUCUUUUUGUGCAUAUAUAAGUUUAUAUUAUGUUUCUGUUGUAUAAAGAUCUGAUUUUCAUACAGUAUUAUUAGCCUGCUAACAAAGCAUUCAUUCAGCUCUUCAGCUACAGAAACACUGCUAUUUUAUAGUGUUAUUAGUUUAAGAUACUUCUUUUUCAAACUCACUGAUAUAUUAUUAAUAAUAACCACCAUAGUUAAACCAUACGACCAUAUAAACCAUAUUGUUUUUUUGUUUUUUUUCAUCAAUACGGUUUAAUUAAAAUAUAUUCAUUGUUGUUGGUGCGAAGAUUAUUUAGUCUAAUUUAUCCAUGGCAUAUGAUUUAUGUAUUUAUAUAUAUAUUAUUUAUUUAUUUUUAGGCAAGUUAUGUUGUCCAGUGACUUGUUUGCAUUAUUAAAUUUAUUUGUAAGGCUGAUUUAUGUUAUAGUUAUGUUUAGGUGUUUAAUGCCUUUUAAUGGAUAAAAAUUCAGAUUUAUCAGCCAACAUAUCGGUUAUCAAUUUUCAUAUUAAAAGAAUUAUCGGUUAUUGAUAUCGGCCAAAAUUUUCAUAUCGGUGCAUCCCUACAUUUUUUUUAAAGCAAUGGUUAAGUCUAUUAAAUACGACUGAUUUGGAGAGAAUUACUAGAAUUCUAGAAGGGAACUUUCAAUGUGGUCCUGAAGUUUUUAUUUAAGCUUGCUUAAUGUUAAUUCAACAUGUGAUUUGUUUGGUACAUAUUGUGGAAAAAACUGACUUUAAAGUUACGUAUUUUGCAUAUUUGAGUCUUGAUUGAUAUAGUGAAUGCUGGCUGGUUUCUAUUCUUGAUGUCGUGAUUGAACAGAAUGUAGCUUUGGGAUCAGGACUGAACUCUCCACAGACUGGGUAUUACAGUACAUUAAUUGCAUCAUAGCAGUCCCCAUUAUAAACUUAUUAUUGACUCGAACAUUAGCCAGCAUCAAUAGGAUUGGCUUUACCUCAAGUACAUUCAACUAAGUGUUGUUUUUGUAGUAGUGCUCACAUGGUUCAUGGUUUCUUGAAGCUGAACUAUGCAAAGACAGACUGAGUCCAUUUGCUGAUGUUAGAGUUUGUUUAACUUAAGAUCAGAUGGUGUUUUGUUUUAUUUUCAUGAACUUGUGAUCGCAGAGCUGUUCAAAUUACAGCGUAGAGUGUCAAGGACAGCUGUGAAAUUGUACUGACACACCAGCAAGCAGUCGAAGUGAACCGCUCUCGAUGUCCGAAAACCAUCCACUACAAUAAUAAACUGUUUGAGACUUUUGCUACUUCUC